AUGCUGCGUCUUGUGUUGAUCACGCUUUUUGAGGAAGGCAAGCUGUUCAAGGGCCAAGACAUCAGUCGCCUUCGAAGAGAGCAUGCGGUUGAUGCGACCUUUCUCUCCAUCGCGGAACUUGAUUCCUCGGAAGUGCUGAGAGAUUUGCGCGAGGAGUUCGAAGAGAACUUUAGCUUGUCACCGAACCUGGAAGAGCACAAGAUAUGCCGGUAUCUGAUCAGCCUGAUUAUCAUGCGUGCGGCACGUCUCUAUGCAUGUGGAAUUGCGGCCAGUGGCUUCAAGUCGCGGGCGUCCAAGGCUCUACGCGAGACCUUCGACUGGCUGCCGGGUGAGUUGGAUUUGAUCUCGCUCAAUCCGUCGGAGGAUGGGUCAGGUGUUGGGGCAGCUCUUGCUGCAGCUUUGGCUCUUGGAACCGAGUACAAGGGUUGA